CUAGCUGCCGCCUCUACGCCAUUCAUGGCAAAUGCGUUGUGCUUUGGCCAGAGACGUUCUAGCAAUGGCUAGCUAGCAAGGUUAGGUUCGCUACUUAAUAGCUAUCCAGCUUUCUUUAACGUUGGCUAUCUACAGUAUCUCCAGCCAAACAGCCAGCCAUUGGUCUGUUAUCGCAUUUCCUUCGCCUAAAAAUUACACGUUUAGCCUUGCAAACCUAGUGUUUGUUUACUUUGGUGGCCUAACGUUAGCGAAUGUAGCUAGCCAUCGAAUGACAAGUUGUCUGAAAUAGUAGGGGUUUGUUUCUGUUAGGCUGGACACAUGACAUUUUUAACGCUGUUUUUUCCUGAUAAAACGAGUUAAUUGCAUCCGCCGUGGAGCCCGUAUGACCCAGCCUCUUGCCGUAGUUCUGUCUCUAUUGGACACGUGACAUUUUUAACGCUGUUUUUUCCUGAUAAAACGAGUUAAUCGCAUCCGCCGUGGAGCCCGUAUGACCCAGCCUCUUGCCGUAGUUCUAUUGAGCUGCGCGUCACCAGCGUUCUGUUCUCAGCUUAUUGUUGUUCUACGUCACAAUGCCUGCGUUCUAUUGUUAACAAUGAGACCUGCCACGUUGUUGGUAGUUCAGAUGGAAACUCAGUCAACUCAGCUCGUCCCAUUGUUUCCUAUAGGAGGAAACCAGCGUGAACUUGCCCGAGCGAAGAAUGCCAAGAAGCAAGCAGACCAGACCAAGGGCAAGAAGAGUGAGGAUGGGUUGUCUGCUGCUGCACGCAAGCUGAGGGAUGCAGAGAUAAUGCAGCAGAAGCAGAGAAGGGCAGCUGACAAGGAAGGUCAUGACCCCAAGUCCAAAUAACGUCCAGAAGACAGACACCCGUCCCAUUGUGUCACAGGACUUCUUCUUGAUGUUAUGAGAACGGAUCUCUACAUUUUAGAUUCCUACAUUCUUCCCUUAUGGCAAAUCACACUGCUCGUUGUGGCUUAUUGGAUUCGACCGUAAUAAACUAUCUACCUGAUUGAAUUAAUAGAGCGAAGGAUUUAGCGGUUUGCCCACGUUGAUUCUGCAUGUCUCAUUCUGAACAUUAUUCUAUAGUGUAGCAUGAUGACCACCAAGCCACAAUAUACCUGUAGAUUUUUAUAGCAAACUGUGUGCCCCGCUGAUUCCAAAUAAAGUGUAUGUCUUUUUAGUUCAUGUUUGCUUGUGUUAUUUAGCACCAUAACUGAAGCCUUAAGGGUUAGGGGUUAGGGUUAAGGGGUAGGGGUUAACCCUAACCCUUGUAUUAUUUAGCACCAUAACUGAAGCCUUAGGGUUAGGGGUAGGGGUUAACCCUAACCCUUGUGUUAUUUAGCACCAUAACUGAAGCCUUAGGGGUAGGGGUUAACCCUAACCCUUGUGUUAUUUAGCACCAUAACUGAAGCCUUAGGGUCCUCUAGCAGCUGUAGCCACAGCAUCAGAGCUCUGUUCUAGUUUAUCCUCUGUCACCAUUUGAGACGGGUUAAAGGGUUGAUACUGCCUAUCUCCAAUAUAGAUAUUGGACUCAGAGGAGGUUGUUUUGUCAGAGCAGAGAUGUAGAAUGCUAUUGAGAGGUACUACCCUUCAUUGGAAAUGAAUAGUAGCAAUAAGGGUAGUCUGAUUCAUCAGGCUGUAAGACACCAUUCAUUGGUAUAUACAGCCUGAAACUAAUCCCUGCAAAAUCAUGUAAAUGUUUCUUACAAUCCAGAACGUUGAAAUUAAAUGACAUUUAAACUCUA